AUGUAUCCAAUGUAUCCAACGUACACAAUAUUUCUCUUGGCGGGCUUCGGCCUCGCUGCCCAGACGAGAAGAUACAAUUUCACCGUCACCAACCAAUGGUCUGCAGGUGAUGGCCAUGGAAGACCAGUCUUUGCCAUCAAUGGUCAGACUCCAGGCCCGUUGAUAGAGGCGGAUGAGGGAGAUGAGAUUGAGGUUUUUCUGGAGAACCAGCUCGGAUUCGAGACGACGAUGCACUGGCAAGUCCUCCCUCCCCCAAGGCAAUCAAGGCACGGCAUCUACCAAAUUGACAAGCCGUGGAACGAUGGGGUGCCGGGAGUCACGCAAUACUCUGUCCAACCAAGAGACAACUAUACGUAUAGCUUUACGGUCCAGCAGCAGUAUGGCAGCUACUUUUAUCAUGGCCACUUUGGCCCCGCGUUUGCCGAUGGCAUGAGGGGUCCCAUUUGGAUCAGGCCCGCGGCGUGGAGACCACGUCCUUAUCACCUCAUAUCCUCUUCGCCCGUCGAUGUGGCUGCCAUGGAAAGGGCCGAGGCCAAUCCUCACCACGUCGUCAUCAGCGACUGGAACGCCGAGCCCAUGGACACUUUGUUGAUAAUGUACCGCGACACGGGCAUCGUGCCCUGGUGCAGCAACUCGAUCGUGCUGAACAACAAGGGCAGGACUUUUUGUCACUCGGCCGAGGAGAUCGAAGCAGUUGGAGGUCCCGGCCGAAACUCACUGGGCUGCUUGAUGCAGGACGGUCAGGCGCUCUACUCCAACCUCCCCACCUGCGAGGAGACUUUUGCCGAGCUCGAGGUCUUUGAGGCUCGGCCCGGCGAGGAGUGGAUGUGGAUCAACUUUAUCCAUUCCGGGGCGCACCACGAACUGCAGAUUAGCAUUGACGAGCACGAGUUUUACGUGGUCGCAGCAGACGGCGAGUUUGUGCAUCCUCAAAAAGUGCAUGCCGCCAACUGCAACCUCGGCGAGCGCGUUUCCAUUCUCGUGCAUCUUGACCAGGCCCCGGGUGAAUACGCCGUUCGGGUGACGUCGUUGCGAAGAGAACAGAUGAUUCAGGGGAUCGGCAUCCUCCGCUACUCGGGUCGACUAACUGAAACGGGACUGGAUUCAGCGCGAAUUAGCGUGCCCAAGACAAAACCAUGGGUCCACCUGAAUGGCACCUUUAUCUCAUCUUCGUCUGUGGCAAUGGACGAGCAAAAGCUGGUUCCCUACCCCGCCCGUCCACCUCCUUCAAAGUCGGACCACACCCUUCGCUUCUUUGUCAACAUGACCGGCCCUGGGAGCUGGGCGCUCAACAUCGGACCGCACCAGGCCUUUCGUCAGCAGCUUCCACCUCUGCUGUGGGAGGGUGACUCCCGUGGCGAUACGACAUAUGGUGGUGCAGGCUCGCUGCCUAAUGGGAGCGUCGUUGACAUCAUCUUUGAGAACGGGGCUGGUGUCAACAGCCAACACCCCUUUCACAAGCACAACAACAAAGCUUGGAUCAUAGGCACGGGCACGGGCGGAUUCCCUUGGAACAGUGUAGAAGAGGCACUUGAACAGGGCGGCAUGGCGCAGCACUUCAACCUCGUCGAUCCUCCCAUUCGCGAUGGUUGCAGGCUUGGGAAUAGCACCGGAGACUGGACCGUGAUUCGAUACGACAUAUCGUUCCCUGCCGCGAGCAUGUUGCAUUGCCACAUGAUUCACCACUUUGCUGCUGGACAACAAGUGGUGUUGCUCGAAGGUGUCGAGUCAAUGUCAAAGAUCCCUGAUCACGUCAAAAACAUGGUCCAUUCUGAAUUCCAGCCGCCCCUUCGCUAUGGACCCCUGGACUAG